AUGGUUCAUUCUUCAUCACUUUUUUACAAAAACCCAUUAAGGCUUUUUGUAAAAAAUCGAAGUGUGACCAAACGUUUUUUUCUAGGUGUAAAUCCACCAUAUGUAAUUUUAUCAGUUUCCUGCCAUGUUCAGGUUAAUUUCAUCCUUAUUUUCUUCUUUUUUAUUUUGAUCCAAUUUGAUUUUUUUCAGUGAAAAUCAUCAUCGUCGUUUAAUUGCAAUAUCUGAAAAAUUGUGUUUUUAUUUAUUUAUUUUUCCCCAUUUUCCUUUUUUUGGAGCCAGAUUUCUUGUAUUUUCAGCGCCGCAGGCGAAAAUUUUUUAAAUUUCGAAGGCCGUAGACCAAAAAAUUUACUUUUUUGCCCAAACCCUUCCUCAAAUUUUUUCCUUUUCACCAUUUCGGGAGGGGGGGGGGGCGUAAAUCCACCAUGUAAUUUUAUUAAAUUAAACACCGUCUCAAAUAAAUUUAGCAUUUCAAGUCCAGCCUUGUUCAGGUUCAUUUAAUCUUUAUUUUUUUUAUUUUGAUCCAAUUUAAUUUUCUUCUUGCAAAUCAUCAUCAUCACUUAAUUGUAUUAUCUGAAAAUUUGAUUUUAUUUAUUUUCUGUUUUUUCACAUUUUCCUUUUUUGGAUGUUUUUUAAUUUUUCAGUUUCCUUAUUAUUUAUUGUUUCAGUUUUUUAAUGUUUUUUGCGUUUUUCAAAAUUUUUUACAUUUUUGUUCAAUGUU